AUGACUUCUACGAUAUUUCUUUCACAGCUUGUGAAUCUGGGUGAAGAUCUGAACAAUAUUAAUCCUACAGAGACCUAUGUGAGGGGUGAUGAGCAGAGUACAGAGGACAUUCCUGCAGAUAACCGUCCAGAUGACUGUACCAGGAACUUAGAGAAACAUCUGGUAUCUUUGGAUUUUGAAGUAGAUGACUGUGGUAUCACACGAGAUACAUUUGAAGAGCAUGCCAAUAUCCAAGAUAUAUCUUCAUCCAAUCACAGCAACAAUGCAUCAUUUGAUUCUUUUAAACAAGUCCGAUCUUCUGAUUCAUCACAGACUGUAACAGAGAAUAAAAGUCACAGAAGAAGUGCUAAACAUCCAACAGCACACCUAGAAGAAAAGCCAUUUUCAUGUUCAGAAUGUGGUAAACGUUUCAACUAUAAAUCACCUCUUGUUAUACACGAGAGAACUCACACAGGGGAGAAGCCAUUUUCUUGUUCAGAAUGUGGGAAAUGUUUUACCAAUAAUUCAGCUCUUGUUACACAUCAGAGAAUUCACAGAGGAGAGAAGCCAUUUUCAUGCUCAGAAUGUAGUAAAUGUUUUACGCAGAAAGUAUAUCUUGUUGUACAUCAGAGAGUUCACACUGGGGAGAAGCCAUUUUCAUGUUCAGAAUGUCGGAAAUGUUUUAACCAGAAAUCAGCUCUUGUUACACAUCAAAAAAGUCACAGAGAAGAGAGGCCAUUUUCAUGUUCAGAAUGUGGAAAAUGUUUUAAGCAUAAAUCAAUUCUUGAUAAACAUCAAGAAACUCACAGAGAAGAGAGGCCAUUUUCAUGUUUAGAUUGUGGAAAAUGUUUUAAGCAGAAAUCAAAUCUCUUUUCACAUAAAAUAACUCACAGAGAAGAGAGGCCAUUUUCAUGUUCAGAAUGUGGAAAAUGUUUUAAGCGGUUAUCGGCUCUUGCUAAAAUCUUGGAUGGUCAAACUUUUGUGGAGUUGCCAGACAUGGCUCUGUAA